UUCGCUAACGCGAUUUGUCGAAAUGUCGUUUAAAUUUAGUCUACUCUUUGCCCUAUGCCUAACGGCAGUGGCUUUAAGCAAUGCCGAACGUGCGCGUUAUGAUUUCUAUCGCGUCUAUCGAGUGACCGCGUCCGAUGCCAAGGAGUUGGCUUUCUUGAAACAGAUGGAGAACACUAGUGACUCAUUGAUAUUCAUGGAAGGUGUGCACUCUAUUGAUCGUGAUAUUGAAGUUGUUGUUGCGCCACAUAAAUUACCCGACUUCUUGAAAGCUUUGGAUGCCCAGGAGAUCGAUUAUGUGCUAUUGGAGGAGAAUUUACAAGAAAAAUUGGAAGAUGAGAAUGAAACUCAAGUUCAAGGACGUGCCGGAACUUAUGAUUGGACCGCAUAUCAAACACUGGAUGAUACCUACAAUUGGUUAAUCACUUUAUCGCGCACAUAUCCGAGUAUGGUAACGCUGAUUGAAGGUGGUAAAACCUAUGAGAAGCGUUCGAUUUUGGGUGUGAAAAUCUCCUAUAAUAAUGGACAAGCGAAUAAGCCCGGCAUCUUUUUGGAAGCCGGUAUACAUGCACGUGAAUGGAUUGCACCGGCCACCGCUACGUUCAUCAUUAAUCAGCUGUUGACAACGACAGAUGCUGACGUACAAGAUUUGGCACAGAACUACGAUUGGUAUGUGUUUCCUCAUGCCAAUCCCGAUGGUUAUGUUUACACCCAUACGACAGAUCGUAUGUGGCGUAAAACUCGUCAGCCACAUGGUACCUGCUAUGGCGCAGAUCCCAACCGCAAUUGGGGCUUCCAUUGGAAUGAGGUUGGCGCCAGUAGCAAUCCUUGCUCUGAUACUUAUGCCGGUUCUUCUGAAUUCUCCGAGAUCGAAACAAAGUCUCUAGCGGAAUAUCUGAAAACGCUUAAGGGAAAAAUCCACAUAUAUUUAUCGUUCCAUGCCUACUCUCAAUACGUGCUCUACCCAUAUGGUCACACCAAUGAAUUGCCUGAGAAUGUCGAAGAUUUUAAAGAGGUCUAUGAUGCUACUGUUGCGGCUUUCGCCAAGCGUUACGGUACCAAAUAUACAGGUGGUAAUAUUUACGAUGCCAUUUAUCCAGCUGCAGGCGCUAGUGUCGACUGGGCAUAUGGCAAUAUUGAUGUGCAAAUGUCUUUCUGUUUCGAAUUACGACCUGGUCCAAAUGCUUACUUUACUGGUUUCAGACUACCAGCUGAUAAGAUUAUUCCCGCCGCUGAAGAAACUCUGGAUGCGGUUAUAGCAUUGGUGAAUAAAGCCAAGGAAUUGGGUUACACUAAUUAAAGCAAGCAAUAUUUGUAAUUAAAAAGUUAAAAUUUGAAUAAUUC